AUGAGGCGUCUCUCGCAGGCACUCGUUGCCUUGUUGCUUGCUUGGGGCGUGCGAGGAGAGGCUGAUGCUAGUUACCAGCGCCAGGGAAGCCUGCAGCACAAUGCACAGCUGAACGUCGUCCGCGAGGUAGUUGUUCGGGUAGAUCAGAAUGGAGACCCCAUCGACGUGGGAACGAACCACCACGCCGCUGAGACUUUGGCGGCAGCAGAGCAAAGAAAAGUUAGUAAACCGGCUGCAAUUGUCCCAUCAGUGCCGCCGAUGUCAAAUCCCGACUCGGAUAUCUCCAAGCCACCACAUCCAGCCGUGCAACAUGAUACAGAUAUCACAGCUCGUACUGCUCCUAUCCAUGUCAAUAAGAAGUCUACGCCUCAUCCUCCCCCUCACCAACAUCCACAUGCGCCGGCCCAUCCUCGUCCUCGGGAGCAGCGUCAAUUCGGGAUCUCUUACUCACCCUACAAACCCGAUCGAAGCUGCAAGACCCAAGAGGAGGUGAACAAGGACUUCGACCGACUAUCGCACCACUCAUUCAUCCGCAUCUACGGCACGGACUGCGACCAAACGAAGACAGUAACCACCGCCGCACGACUGCAUCACAUGCGCGUCUUCGCAGGAGUCUACGAUCUAACGGACUUUCCCCAAAGCCUGGACCCUAUAAUCGAAGCAGCAACCCUCCCGAACGGGAAGAAGGACUGGUCGAUAUUCCACACGAUAGCAAUCGGCAACGAGCUCAUCAACGGCGGCCGUAGUUCCCCUGCUAACGUCGUGAGCGCAGUGAAUACGGCGCGGUCGAUCUUGCGGAAGCAGGGAUACAAGGGCCCCGUCGUCACCGUCGACACAUUCUCCGUGCUCCUACAGCAUCCGGAGUUAUGCAUCGCGUCCGACUAUUGCGCCGCGAAUUGCCAUGCUUUCUUCGAUGCAACGCAGCACGCGUCCGACGCGGGCGCUUAUGUACUCAGGCAGAUGCACAGCGUUUCGGCCGCUGCUGGUGGGAAGCGCACGAUGAUCACUGAGUCUGGCUGGCCUCAUGCUGGAAGAGCCAACGGUGCCGCUAUCCCUUCACCUCAGAACCAGCGCGUUGCUGUCGCUAGUCUGAGGCGCAGUUUCGCGCACCAGCCUGAAGAUCUGGUGCUCUUUACUGCUUUUGAUGAUCUUUGGAAGCCCGAUAACCAGUGGACUUUUGAUGCGGAGAAAUUUUGGGGGAUUCAUUAG